AUGGAGGAGGAUUUUGAUGCCAAUAUGGAGGAGGAUUAUGACAUCGAUGAUGUCAAUCAGCCGGAAGGAAGGAAGGUUAGAGGUAGUACAAGGCUACCAAAGUUAGCAGUACGUCAUGGUCGUAUUCAGAAGAAGCAUGUGGAUUUUGAUGCCAAUAUGAAUCCAAUUGGUGAAGAGAAGGACAGAUUCAUUAGCUAUAUAGGCUCCGUUGCCCGAAGCAAAGUCAAUAUUCUAUGGCCUAAUUGGAAGUCAAUUUCUAAGGAGACGAAGGAUAUGAUUUGGGAAUAUAUUUUGCAAACGUAUGACAUCCCUCGUACUGAGCAAAUGAAAAAGCAUUUGUUGCAGCAAGUUCGUCAGCUAUGUGCGAGGGUCUAG